AUGGAUCAUUUAAAUUGUCCAACUGUAUUUGCAGAGCUUCUCCCUAACAUUCGUUCACUAAACCUCUCCAUCGGUCUUCCAUCUCAAACAACUUCUUUCCAAUUAGGCGUAUAUCCUCUUAAAUUAACGUUCGCUUCUCCCAGCUUCUUUUCUUCUCUUGAAUUGUCCCAAACAAUUGAGACGGAUGUAGAGCCUGCCCUUACUUCUGCAAUUUCUUCUCUUGAAGUAAAACUGAAACUAAGGAAUUAUAUCCGGCGUAAGCCGUUCCGGCGCGUAAGCGGUAACGAAGUUGUUCCACCGCUUACUGCCUGCGAUCUUACCAAUUUGCGGAACGUGCUAUGCAGAAGUUGCGGAUUGGUUAUUGUUAGGGAUGGGGCGCUUGAGAAAAUAAUGGAUUUGCCUUCUGAGCAUUGGGCUGAGCUUCUUGAGUGCUGGAUGUGCCAUCAGGAGGAUUAUAAACAGGCACAAGUAGAGGAUUUUAAUGCAAAGGAGACCGUUGGGCUUGUUGGUGGGACUUACAUACUAAUACAUCCGAAAGAUAUUGAAGAUGCUCUGAUAGUCGAGGGUUUCACUAACGUUGAUGUAGAGGCUGAACUGUUGGCUGUUAAGUUAAACAAACACUUGAUCACAGUUGUGCUCGAAGAAGCAGGCCGACUGGAUACCAUCAAGUGUAGCUUUACCGCUUUUUUGGCAGCCGACUUUCUAGAUGCUGCUAAAGCACAUGCCACAUAUAAGUUCAUUAUUAAAGGCAUGAUAUCAAAGAGUCCUUACAUACUGGUAUGGCUUUUUGAUUGGGACACAAAAGUGAUGACAAACGCGCUCGAGGGAGUGAAAUCGUUAUGGAUGUUCUCACGUGAUAUUACUGAUGACAUUGACAGUGUUAUUCCACAACACAUGAAGAUUACCCCAGUUAUGAAGAUGCUUUAUAUCGAUUGUACCAACCAAAACGAUAGCGCACGUAGUCUUAUGGCCGCUUGGGUCCAUGACAAAACAGUCGAAUGUCUCGUAUACCAUGAUGAUAUUUGUUUACAGUUACUACUGUUAUUACAUGCCAGUAAUUGUUGCCUUGCAGAGAGUAAUCGUGUGAUGAAUGGAUUUCGUGUUGGAUUCAUGGAGCACAACAAGGAUCAAGAGUAG